UUUUCGGUGUUGGUGGACCAAUGCGGCUCCACGUGCUCGGUAUGCGCACCUACCCGAAGCACGCUAGCGCGGUGCGGCGCUCGGAGCUAGUGUUCAGUCGCAUAGCUGUCCUUUAGUCCAGCCGAAACGCUGCCGCGUCCACGCGUUGACCUGCUUGCCAGUUCUCUUCUCUGUACAAUGAUACUGCGACAGUGCUGAUAUUCAUUCCUUCGCUUUCACCUCUUUCGGAAAGCAGCGCCAAUUGCGUUUGCAGUCCAAGUGAAGUCGAUCCUCGUUCAAGACACGAGCUACUACCACAUCUCGAGACAACGUUCGGCUGCACCCUCCACCCCACUGAUCUCGACCCCAAUUGCCUUCUACUGCAGGGCUUCACAGCAACUUCCCACAAGCACGCCUACCCUGCAGCGGUAAUUCGCCAUUAUGCCCGCCAAAUCGCGAUUCACGAGGCUCGAUGCCUUUACUAAGACGGUCGAAGAUGCGCGCGUGCGCACAACAUCAGGUGGAAUCGUCACCAUAGUCAGCUUGCUGGUUAUAUUCUGGUUAACAUGGGGCGAGUGGGCCGACUACAGGAGAGUGACUGUACGACCAGAAUUGGUGGUUGAUAAGGGCAGAGGCGAGCGCAUGGAGAUUGCCCUGAACGUAACGUUCCCACGGGUACCGUGUGAGCUGCUCACACUCGAUGUCAUGGAUGUGUCUGGAGAAUUACAGAUGGGUGUCACGCAUGGCAUCAACAAGGUGCGAUUGAGCCCUGAGAAGGAGGGCAGCAAGGUUAUUGAUAUCAAGGCUCUGGAUCUACAUGCUGACGAGGCGUCGCAUCUUGCUCCCGAUUACUGCGGCGAAUGUUACGGCGCACCUGCCCCCACCAACGCAAUCAAGCCCGGCUGCUGCAAUACCUGCGACGAAGUUCGUGACGCAUACGCUUCGAUAUCUUGGUCUUUCGGUCGUGGAGAGGGAGUUGAACAAUGCGAGCGAGAACACUACGCCGAACAUCUCGACCAACAACGUCAGGAAGGAUGUCGUCUUGAGGGAAGCAUCCGCGUCAACAAGGUUGUCGGUAACUUCCAUAUUGCGCCCGGAAAGUCGUUCUCGAACGGCAACCUUCACGUACACGAUCUCGAGAACUACUUCAAGGAUGAGUACGCGCAUACCUUCACCCACAAGGUUCACCAGCUUCGCUUCGGUCCCCAGCUUAGCGAUGUCGUUGUCCAAGAUAUGCAGAAGAAGCACGCAGGGUCCGGCGCCGGUGGGUGGUCGAACCACCACAUCAACCCUCUGGACAACACCGAGCAGCAUACCGAUGAAAAGGCUUACAACUUCAUGUACUUCAUCAAGGUCGUGUCGACCGCUUACUUGCCCCUCGGCUGGGAGAAGGAGGUCCCUCGACCUGCCAAACACGACGAGCUUCUCGGUGCUACCAUCGAUGCUUCUUACAAGGGCAGCAUUGAGACGCAUCAGUACUCUGUGACUAGCCACCAUAGGAGUCUGCAAGGUGGUUCCGAUGAGAAGGAAGGUCACAAGGAGAGGAUACACGCUCGGGGCGGUAUCCCCGGUGUCUUCUUCUCUUAUGACAUCUCACCUAUGAAGGUCAUCAACCGCGAAGCUCGUGAAAAGUCCUUCUCUGGCUUCCUUGUCGGUCUCUGCGCCGUGAUUGGUGGUACUCUUACUGUCGCAGCGGCCGUGGACCGCGCGUUGUACGAGGGUGUCAACAGGAUCAAGAAGAUCCACUCAAACUAGAUGACCAUUGUUGUCCGAGGGUCAUCCUAUUGUUGCAUUUACGCGCGUUCAUGUGUGGAGUUUUUGGCGUCACAGGAAACCAACGGAAAGACUUUGCUUAUGCUUACAAGUCUAGGGGAGUGGUGUGGG